GGCAACACUUCUCUCUCUCUCUCUCUCUCAAUCUCAAUGGUUCGUCUCUGAAUUCCCAUCCAAUCACUUCGUCUCUUUUCUCUUUCUCUUUUUCCAUUGGCCAUUGAUCUUCACCUCCGUCCGAUCUCGAUCCGAACGGUGUUUUCUUUGUUCGUUUUCGUUGAGAAUACGACGAUUUCAUUCAAUUCUUGUCUUGUUUGUCUUGAUUCUGUUGAAUUGUUGAAGAUUUUCAAGAAAUCGAUUUGAAUUCAGUGCGAUAAGAGAUCUUGUUUGUUUGUUGUUUCUCAGAUGUGGAUGGAGCUUCAAGGAAAAAAAGCGACUCACGAUUUCUUAUCCCUUUACAACAAGGAUUCUUCUUUCCAGCUCCAUGAUCCAAGACCUCCUCCUCCUCAUCCUCCUCCUUCAUCUCAAGGUUUGUAUCUAAAGACGCACGAUUUUUUGCAGCCGUUUGAGAAGUCGCACGCGAGGGAAUCGCCGAUCGACAGUGCGGCGGCGGGGCCCACCGAGAGACCUCCGGAUCACGUGCUGCCUGGCGGGGUCGGCACGUACACCAUCGGUCACGUGUCAGGCCUCGCUUCCAUCAGGUCUUCCAUCAAGCACGAGCAGGUCACGUGCGUCCCUUCCGCACGUGCCGCCGAGUCCUCCGGGCAUUACGCCGGGGUCCCCUUCUCACUCUGGGAGGAACCCGGGGCCAACAAGGAUCCUACCGGGUCUAGAGGGCAGUGGCCGCCGGCGAUCGUCGCCCGUAGAAUCGGCGCCUUUGGAUCCAUUUCGUCUUCGAGGCAACAAGGGGUGCAGGAGAGAAAGCGUCCCAUGGAGACGGUGUCGAGGUCCAGCGACGAUGAUGAGGAGUUUGGCAAGCGCGAUGGAUCCUCCUCUCACAAAGGGGAAUUGAGUGGGAAAGUGGAGCGGAGGAGCAGCGAUCCCAGCACUCCUCGGUCAAAGCAUUCUGCGACGGAGCAGCGACGGAGAAGCAAAAUAAAUGACAGAUUUCAGAUACUUCGAGAACUUAUACCACAUAGCGAUCAAAAGAGGGACAAAGCAUCAUUUCUUUUGGAGGUGAUUGAAUAUAUUAGAUUUUUACAAGAGAAGGCACAAAAGUGCGAAGCAUCAUAUCCAGGAUGGAAUCAGGAGAGUGCCUGGGAAAAGGCCUAUUUUAGAUCAAUCUGGAAAAAUGCUCGGAAUAACAAUCAAGGCCCCGCAGAUGGUCCCAAUGACCCUUCGCAAGUGAUUAAGGGUGGUUCUGUACCUGCUGCAUUUAUGUUCUCUGGAAGGUUUCAUGACAACAGUAUCACAGUUGCACCAGUAAUGUCAAAUUCUCAGAAUCCAUCGGAGUCUGACAACUUGAUGGCUGACAUUUCGUAUAAAACAAUAGAAAAUUCCCCGGUAGCUGCUGUGCAUGUGCCUUUGCAGCCAAACCUGUAUGCGACAGUUGGAAAUGAAACUGCAGCUGCACAAAAUCAGCAGAGGAUGCUUUCAGAUGGAGAUAAUUUUGUGGAUCAAUCCCAAUCUCAAAAUGACUGUGCUGUCAAUAGUGAUAUGUUAAAUGAGCAAGAAGAACUGACAGUUGACGAGGGCACAAUUAGUGUAUCAAGUGUUUAUUCUCAAGGGCUGUUGACAUCAUUGACUGAGGCUUUGCAGAGUAGUGGGGUGGAUUUGUCCCAAGCCAGUAUCUCUGUGCGAAUUAAUUUUGGUAAGCGAGUGACUGAUAGGAGACCUGGGAUGGGAAAUGCUAAGGAACACGGAGAUGGUCACAGAGCGCUUGGUCAUUCGAGGAUGGGGAGUACCGGUGGUGAGGAAGCUGAGCGCAUGCCGAAGAGAAGGAGAUCAGAGAACAGGUAGGCUUCACACGGGCUGCCACGAAACUCAUUUAUUUUUUGGCAUCAUCAUGUUGCCUGGCUGUGGGGAUGUAAAUGCUGCUCUGUACCUGAACAAGAUCAUUAACUGCUACUGGGUAUUCUUUCAUUUGUGUUUUCAAAUGUGAUGGAGAGAAGUGAGAGGAGGGCUUCCAUUACAAAUUGAGAAGCUGCUUUUGCUUUCAGGCUUCCAUUCAUAUGAGAAGUUCCUCUUUUUAGUUGUUGAUUAUCAAGAGAUUAAAAAAAAAUGCAAGCCCUUUUUAUUGUUGUAA